AUGACCAAGCCCCGCGCCUUGAAGAGAACCGUGAAGAAGAAGCCCGCGGAAGCGUACGACCGAGCCAUGGAGGAGCCGAUGACGACGAAGAUGGCACCUCCGAUGGAAGCGAGCCCCAGCCCCACGGUCGUCCCGCUGACGUCGUCUGACGUCAUCCCGGUGUCUCCUUCCGCGCUGACCAAGAUCUCACGCGUCCAGUCGACCAACGUCGUCAAGAACAUGAUCCGCGUCUCGGUCUCGGAGAUCUGCUACCUGCGAAGCCUCUUCCCCGAAGAUGUCUUCCGAAAGCGCGUAUACGCGGACAUGCACAUCCACUGCCUUGCGCCGGAAAAAGAUGGCACCGAUACGGCGAUGCGAGACGCUUUGGCGUUGACGCUGUGGAUGGAGGAAGGCGCGUUCGAAGCCCUCGAGAAGGAGUAUCUGGAGCAGGUCGUUUUCUGCAUUUACGCCGUCGGGAAGGAUGCCAAGCCCGACAAGCUCCUCGAGAGCUACUCGUUCAAGAUCCGAAACACGCCGGAUGCAACGACGCUUACGACCAACUUUCUUGGCGACGAAGUCGUAAGCUCGGACCCCGAGAAGAUCAAGGAUCAAGCGAUUCAGAUGAUUCGGUCACUUGUGAGCAUCACGAACUCUCUCGACGCGCUUCCUGGGAACCGUUUGCUGACGAUGAAGCUUACGUACAACGAGACGUGCCCACACGAUUGGCAACCAAAGUACUUCAAGCAAGCGACGUCGGACUUAAGUGAAGAGUUCGUGAAGCCCUCGCUGAAGGUCGAUCUGGGGCGGAUCGUGACGCCGUUCCACUUCGUUUCGAUGCGUCUGGAAGCGUCCGAAGACGCAUUCCAGGUCGCGGCGCAAGAGCUGCCUCAAGGAGGCUUCUCUCAGGCUCAAGUGCCAAUGUCGCCUACCAGUGACGAAGGGCAUUCGUUCGCCGGGGGGAGCCCACCACCCUGCGAAAGCCCCAUCGUAGCCAUACAAUCAGCACUGUCACCGUCACCGAUUGACGUGCCUACGCAACGAGCGACCCAGCCGAGCCAAGCGCUGGCGAAGGAAGACAUCAUGAAGUACUGCGUCCAGUUUGAGACCGUCGAGAUGUCAGAAAUCUUGGCGAGAUUCGACCUCGCUCCAUCUCUUAUGAAAAAACGCGUGGACGAGCUCUGCGCAGAGAAGGUUCUGAUACCGAAUCCCGACAAUGUGGACUCGUAUCGCGUCGGGGUCUACCAAGACCUGUCGUACUACCAAGCCAUUCAGUUUGCCCACGGAAAGCUUCGCCGCUCCGUAUCCGUGCUUGCGCUCGCCAAGUGCUUCUCGUGGACGCUCCUAUUUUCAAAGGCCAUCAUCAUGCGCAUGCAUCACGAGCAUCUUGUCGACAUGUCAAAGCCGCCGUCGUUUAAUGGCUACCCCGUGCUCUACGACGCGAGCAAGGGGUCGCACACGAGUUCUUCUGGCAAGCCGAUCUUGCAGACAAACCACGCCCCCAAGAAGCGCCGGAUGACGAUUCAGGCAAUCUCGAUGACGCCCGUGCCGUUUCUUUAG